AUGGCGCCUUCUAUGCUGCGCUCAAUUCUCAGGUCGUCGCCAUCGGCAGCACGCCGGUGGUCGAGACAUUACAGUGUGAAGGCAGAGGUCGCCUCGACCGCCCAGCCCAAAGACAUUGACCCUGCACAGCUGAAGAUCACCAAGACCAGCAAGCCUGGUGUGUUGGAGAAGCCCGAAAACCUCGUCUUUGGCAGAAAAUUCUCAGAUCAUAUGAUCACUUGCGAAUGGGAACAAACCAAUGGAUGGCAACAGCCGCAGAUCGUUCCCUACCAGAAUCUGUCCAUGGACCCGGCGACAUGCGUCCUUCACUACGCGUUUACGUGUUUCGAGGGCAUGAAGGCCUACAAGGACAAGAAAGGCCAGGUGCGCCUGUUCCGCCCGGAUAAAAACAUGGAACGCUUCAACAAGUCGGCUGCGCGUAUCGCCCUACCCAACUUUAGCUCGCCCGCCCUUAUCGACAUCAUUUCGCAGUUCGUCAAACUCGAAUCGCGCUUUAUUCCCGACCAGCGUGGCUAUUCGCUUUACCUGCGCCCAACCCUGAUCGGUACCCAAAAAACGGUGGGCAUCAGCCCCCCGGGCUCCGCGAUGCUUUUUGUCAUCGCGAGCCCCGUGGGCCCUUAUUACCCAACCGGUUUUAAAGCCGUUUCGCUCGAAGCCACCGAUUACGCCGUGCGUGCCUGGCCCGGCGGCGCCGGCGACAAAAAACUCGGCGCAAACUACGCGCCCUGCAUCGUGCCCCAACGCGAGGCUAUGGCCAGGGGUUUCCAGCAGAAUCUUUGGCUUUUUGGCGAGGAGGAGUAUGUCACCGAGGUCGGAACUAUGAAUAUGUUUGUUGCUAUUAAAAACAAAGAGACGGGCCAAAAAGAGCUUAUGACGCCGCCCCUGGAUGGCACCAUCCUCGGGGGUGUGACGCGCGAUUCCAUUUUGGCCCUGGCCCGCGAAAGGCUCGUGCCCGAAGGUUGGGCCGUUUCGGAGCGCAAAUUCACCAUGAAGGAGCUGUACGAGGCCUCGAGCGAGGGCAGGCUGAUUGAAGCCUUCGGCUCCGGUACCGCCGCCAUUGUCAGCCCCGUCCGCUCCAUUGCGUGGAAGGGCAAGCUUGUCAACUGUGGUCUCGCGGAUCACGAGGAAUCGGGAGAGAUCACCUUAAGAAUGAAGGGAUGGAUGGAGAGCAUCCAGUACGGUGACGAGGAACAUGAGUGGAGUCACGUGUGCUGA